CAUUUCAAUAGCGUGUCGCGCGAGGAGGAUGUUGAUAGUGCGAGAAACAUGGCGCAGCUGACAUUGACAGCUGAUCAUUCCUUGGAAAAUUCCGUUUCCCUCGACAAAAUCUUGUCGGCUUUUGACGGCCCUCUGAACGAAGAGCAAGCAUGGGCUGUGUGCUACCAGUGUGCCCAGUUUCUGAAAUUGUCAUGGCCUGAAAGAAAUGCUGACAGAGGAUGUACCCUCGAUGGAGCCGAGGCGGUCCGAGUACACAAGGAUGGUUCCGUGACGGUGACCGUACACGAGUGGGACUCGCUAUGGGAGAACGACGACGAAAACACGGCAGAUUUCACUGAUGAGAUAUUCCACACAGAAGCAGAGAUGGUGAAUGCACUUGGCCGCAUCGUCUACCACGCCCUUGACUACGGUUGCCAUGAGGAAGAAGAGCGGGUACUCAGUGAACCUCUGGAAGAGCUUAUUGACCAGAUGACCAACACGGGAGAGGAGGGACAAGACAAGGAGGAGGUAGAGGAAGAUCGGAAAAGCCAAGGAAGUGCUAACACUGAUGAAGGCAUUGUUGAUGGACAUGAGUCAGAUGACCUGGAUGAUGAGAACAGCAAACCUGGAAGGAUAUCAACCUUUGAAGAUGUCUUACAGUUUUGUAGUGGACAUUUACUAGAGCCAGAGGGAGCCCCGACACAUUAUCAAGCAGUAUGCAGAGCUCUGCUGGCUGAAGUCAACGAUCUCACAUCGUUCCUUCGAGUCAUUGCAUCCAGUAAAAAGAGUUUACAAAGACUUCAUGCUGAACACGGUGAGGAAGAAGAGGCUCAUCUUGAAGAUAUUCAACCCAAGCAAUGGGCCAGGAUAUGGAUGCAAGUUCUGCAACAGCUGCGGCAAGGAGUCAAGCUUAAAGAGAUCAGCGAUGCCUCCUAUCGCAAUCGCAUCCCCAUCGAGUAUGAACUCACUCCUUACGAGAUCUUGAUGGAUGAUAUACGAUCACACAAGUACACCCUCAGAGAAGUCCUGGUGAAUGGUGACUUACCCCCUAGGGUGAAGAAGGAGGCCCAUGAUGUCAUUCUGGACUUCAUCCGGUCCAGACCACCCCUCAAACCAGUUCCCCAAAAUGUUCCACAUCCUCUGAGGACAGAGACUUUAUAUGAGAGGUUACUGAGAGACAUUCGCUCCAGGCCUCCACUGGCUCCUGCAUCCAGUAGAGUCCUCCCAGACCGGAAGGCCAAACCUAAGAAGAAAAAGAAGUCGUCCAAAGCUCGGCCUAGGAUACGUCACCAAAGUACCAGUGAAGGCAGCUGCGCCUCCAGUGUAGACUCAGAGGAUCUAGAAAUAUUUGACACAUCACCAGAGCUCCCUAGAAAAGUGUUACGAGCAGAAAUUACCUUGGAUUGGUCAGAUGAGGAUGAUGUAACUGAAUCGGAUGCCAGCCGGCUAACCGUUACACCACGCAAUGACGACUCGGAUCUAACACCUCAACCUCAGAGAGAUCAAUUGAAACCUUUCCGACGACUGGAAACACUUAACGCUCCCAGCUUUGACACCUUGCUGUCUCCUGACUCCUCAGUAACGCCCAUCAAUGACAGUGACAUCGCUAGAGACAGCGACAUCGAUGAAAAACAGGAAGAGGCUGAAGAUGACCAGAUGCCUAAACAAGAGAGUCCAAGACGACACAGUAUAGCCAUCUGUCAAACACUCCCACAAUUCUCCAGUCAUCCAGAGAGGUAUAUACCACCGGAAUGUCUAGCCUUGACCGUUGACGAGGUGAUCCAUAUCCGGAGUGUCCUAGUGAAAGCGGAAAUCGAGAACCUGAGAGUCAACCCAAAGCUACACAACGGUGUGCUCAGAGAAAAGAUUUGUUUCUCGUGCAAGAAGAAGUUUGCUCUUUUCAAGCGUAAGAGUAGAUGCAAGCUUUGCAAAAGGCUCAUCUGCUCUAUUUGCACAAAGAAGAUGUAUCUACCCCGAGGUCAUUUCCUGCAGAUACCCAUCGAGUCACUAAGUCCUACCAGUCCUAAGAAAAGUCCAGCGUUUGGUGAACACUCCUCACAAAUGUUCAAAAGCCAUUCGGAACCCCCUACACCCUCUGUAACCCCAGAAGGUUCUCCUAGGCUUUGGAGGCGAGAGAGACAAACCAACCUCCCCAAGGAGCAGCUAGACACGGUCUGUUGCGAGUGCAAAGACUUCUUGAAGGAAGCCGUGCGUGCCAGCCAGCAAGCUAGCCGCAUCAAUGGAACCAGUCACCAGGGGUCCGACUUCAAGCUCAACUCACCCCCACGGCUACCUAAACAGUGUAGCCACGAUAGCCAGCAUAGUGAGCACAGCACACAGAGCGAUAGAAGCACACACAGUAACAGAAGCACACAUAGCGACAGAAGCCCUGAAAAACAGAGACGCCACAGCAGUGGCAAAAACAGCCAUGCAGACAAUACAUGAGACAUUGUCUCCUUUUUCUUUUCUUAAUGUGACUCUUACGUAGUUCUGCUCAUUUUCACUUUGCCUACUUCAUUUGAAUUACAGUGUCUGUUGAUCAACCUGUUUGCAUAAAUGCAAAUAGGUUCUCCUGUAGUCUACUUCUGUGCACCUGUUGUCUCAGUGUAGGUCUUGCCCAUUGGAAAUACACAAGGACACGCUGACAUUAGAUGUACACUGUACAUGUCGUAUAGGGAGCCUGAUUUAGCCAUUGUCUAAUUAUGUGCAUGGAUUCCCAUGAAGUGAGUACAAGAUCAUAUUUUGGGUAAUACUGUUUAGUUCACACACAAAAAGAGGAAACAGUUCUUUUUUUGGAUAUGUUGCCCAGUUUGGCAUGAAUAUGGACAAUGAUUAUGUUUGCGUGAAAAAUGUUGAGGCUCCUGUUGAAUACACAGUGCAAGAUUCUCUCAAAGGCCUUUCAUUCAAAGGUUGCUCUGGUAACUUGUGACUCCUUUGUUCAUGAGAGAUGUUUCUCUCGAGUACUCAGUCAUUUUUUUUUUAUUGAAGAUCAAAUUGUCAUAUGUCCAGAGGUUGAAAAAAUUCCAUGUUGAUUGCGACAGCAAACAUGUCAAAUAUGAAGCAUAAGACAGAGACAGCAGGUGGAUAUGGAUAAAGGCUUCACUUUCGUUCAGUAAUGCAUGGGUAAGUGGGUGGGGCAAGUGAUAAGCUGUGCCAUGUAUUUGCUGUGUACAAACCAAAGUGUUGUAUGGGACAGAAACACUUGACUACACCUGUUAUAGGCGGCAUUCAACGUGUCGGCCAUUAACAAUACAGUAGUGGAUUUUUUCUACCGAUGCUGGAUGGAGGAAAUGAAGGCUCUUUUCACAGAUAUUAGCCAACAUACUGAUCAUUUUUUUUUGUUCCACCUGACGAAAUAUCCCUCAAAAGUCCCAAGGUUAUAGACGAACUGAGAAGGGAGUGUAUUAAGUGAAGGUCGGUUGUGCUAUGCAUUGCAACAAGAAGCAGAAUAUCCAUCCAGAUGUUGAAGUUAAGUUAAUCAAGAAACAGAGAUUCUGUCAUUGUCUUGACCUGACAACAUAUCCUCGCAGUGUUCCUGGGUUAAUAAUGAAAUGAAAUGAGAAGACAUAGUCUAUGGAAAUAAAGAUUGGUUGUGCUAUGCAUUGCAACAAGAAGCAGAAUAUCCAUCCCGACACUGAAGUUAAUCGAAAACCAGAGAUUCUGUCAUUUGUUGUUUGAAUCCAGGGAGCUCAAUGCAUUGACCAAACUAGGGGGUGGUCCAGUUACCAGUUCGGCUCUAUCUGAACGUCUGGUCACGUGGGUGAAAACGGUCUCAUCUGUGGAGACACCAAAUUUCCUGUCCUGGGACGAUGAAUGUCGCAGUCAUUGGUUGUACAGUAUUGCAAAGUUGUAAUAAGUGCUUGAAGCUAUCUCAGUAUGUGUUGACCUUCACACCUUGGACGCUUACAUCAAACCCUGGACUGCAGGUCAUUGUGCCCCCCCACCCCCACAAAAACUCCUGAAUGAUUCCCCAAGAAGUGUUUACACAAGGAUCCAUUAUCAUGGUUCAUCUGGCUGCUCGUCUGAUCUUUGUAUACAUAAUUUUGUCAAUAAUGUUUAUCAUUCCACGGUAGAAGCAUUUUUUAGUCUCUGAACAUAAAUACUCAUGAUCCACCUUUGCCAUGAUCAAAUAGAUGUAGAAUUGCAUAGGCCUUUGUAAGUUGAAUUUCUGAAUUUAUUAUCUGUCUUCCAAGAGUUAUUGUAUUAGUUAAACCUCAAAAUUCCUUUCUUUUCCAACUGCAAGCAAGUUAAUGUGUGCUGUUGUGUCGCUGAAUUGUCCAUUUCCAAACAAAUGCAGUGUAACAUUUUAACUUGGCCAAGGAUGUAAAAACGACAAACAUGUAUAAUUGUAUAGAUCGUGUAUUUGGUAUAGGAUUGGACGCUCGUAGGAGUGUAACUAUCCAAAGUCAUUCGACAGGCAGCGCUUCGUUUUGCAGUUGACUAAGCUAGUCUUAGUACAAUGUAGUAUUUAGGAUCGCCUGGCAGGCCCCUGGUGUUACGGAGUACAACAUAAUAUAAGAAUGUGUCAGGAUGAGUGCCGGAAAAGAAGUUUAGUAAAGUCAAAAAUGCCAAGCCAGUUUGUCUCAUUUUGAAAUACUUGUACAAAAUUCUCGAGAAUGAGCUCAUAUGUAUAAACUUUGUCUGUUUAUUCGUAGAGUGUUUAGUACCGAUAAAUCUAUUUGGUGGUUGCCACAGGGGAGCAGGGCAUUGAAAUUCUAACUGCACAGCAUGCAUGAUCAUUCUGUUUGGUUUCAGACAUGGCUGAGCACGAGACAAAGUCCCGUACAGAAAGUACAUCGUCCAUGAAGAGUUCAUUGAAAAAUGUGCCCAUUUAGGCAUUUGCACUACACUAAACAACAACAACAAAAUGCACUUCAUCAUCCCAAAUAAUGAGCUCAGUGUCCGUAGAUUUGUUUUCUUUGUCGUGUAAACCUUGUCCAACAAAAAUACAGGGAACAUGAAAUACUUCAAAAACAAGCUAAGAUUUUUCUGUACUCGGACUUCUUUAUUAGAAACUGGCAAGGUCAACUCUGUAUUACUGUUGUUAAUGUUACGUAUGCUGUUAGUUUUAUUAUUGUUUUGUUUUUAUUCCUCUGUGAUAAAAGGCUGUAAACUAAAUCAUUGACGAGAAGUAAUUUUAUAAAGUUGAAAAGUCACCGGCAGUGUGCACAUGAAUAAAUAAUUAUGCAACAUUGCUGCAGAACUAAGGAAUACCCUGUAUUGGAUUUGGAAGUGUGGAUUAACUUAAACCCCUCGGGACUAUCGAAAUUAUGUAUAUAUGCUUGUUGAUUCAGAAUGGUUAGGGUUAAUUAAUUUGCUGGAACUGUAGAAGAUGUAAAAACACGAUACAGACGUCAUUCCCUCGA